AGUCCCGGGGCGCGCUGAAAUCUGUGUCCUGUCCCUCCCAAUAUCAAACGUUCAGCUAGCCACGCAAAAACAUCGCCCCACCUAUAGGCUACAGACUGGCACGCGUUCUGUCUUUCUCGGUCAGCUUCAGUUCCCAGCUUGCAUCGCAUCGAGAAGGUGUGUCGCACUGAUAUUGCAAUAAAGUAAGGGAUAUCAAGUGAAGAAGGACAGGUCGUUUUGAUCGAAUUCGUUCUCCCAUCAUGAUGCGUGGAGUGCCAUUUGCGCUGGUUUGGGUGAUUUUGGGUCUGUCCUGCGUCCUCACGGGAAAAGUAAACAAGCACAAGCCGUGGAUCGAGACGUCGUACCAUGGGGUGAUCCCGGAGAACAUGGACACCGUCCUGCUGGAUCCCCCUCUGGUGGCCCUGGACAAGGACGCCCCUGUCCCCUUUGCAGGGGAGAUCUGUGCGUUUAAGAUCCACGGGCAGGAGGCCCCGUUUGAGGCGGAGGUCCUGAACAGGACAUCAGGGGAGGGGGUCCUGCGGGCCAUUGGCCCAGUGGACUGUGAGGCCCAGAAGGAGUACACCUUCAUCAUCCAGGCCUAUGACUGUGGGUCUGGGGCCAACGGGGCUGGCUGGAAAAAAUCACAUAAGGCGGUGGUGCACAUCCAGGUGGAUGAUGUAAAUGAGUUCUCUCCAGUGUUCCAGGAGCUGGAGUACCACGCUGCGGUGACGGAGGGGAAGAUCUACGACAACAUCCUGCAGGUGGAGGCUACGGACCAGGACUGUUCCCCACAGUACAGCCAGAUCUGCAACUACGACAUUGUCACACCCGACACACCAUUUGCCAUCGACCGCAACGGCAACAUCAGAAACACUGAGCGCCUGAGCUACGACAAGCAGCAGCGCUACCAGAUCAUGGUGACGGCCUUCGACUGUGGCCAGAAGAGGGCAACGGACAGUGUGCCGGUGCAUAUUGACGUCAAGCCUGUCUGCAAACCUGGCUGGCAAGGUUGGAACAAACGAGUAGACUAUGAGCCCGGAACAGGAAGCAAGCAACUGUUUCCCAAGAUGCACCUGGAGACAUGUGAUGGCCCACUCUCGGCCGUGAAAGCCAUGGUAGAACUGCAGACCAGUCACAUCGGGAAGGGCUGCGAUCGAGAGACCUACUCCGAGAAGUCCCUGCAGAAACUCUGUGGUGCGGCGUCCGGCAGCACGGACCUUCUCCCCGCCCCCAGCUUUUACACCAACUGGACGGCCUCGCUGCUGACGGACAGCGGCAGGGACAGCGACCUCAUCUUCCGCUUUGACGGGCGCCAGGCGGCUAACGUGCCAGAGCAGGUGGUGCCACAGAACCUGACCGACCAGUUCACCGUCGCCACGUGGAUGAAGCAUGGCCCCAGCCCGGGUCUGAGGGCCGAGAAGGAGACCCUGCUCUGCAACUCUGACAAGACGGAGAUGAACCGGCAUCACUACUCCUUAUACGUUCACAACUGCCGGCUGGUCCUCCUCCUCCGAAGGGACUUCACCCAGGUGGACACUUUCCGCCCGGCAGAGUUCCACUGGAAACUGGAGCAGAUCUGUGAUAAGGAGUGGCACUACUACGUGAUCAAUGUGGAGUUCCCAAUGGUGACACUAUUUGUGGACGGCAUGACUUAUGAACCCUAUCUGGUGACCGAUGACUGGCCCAUCCACCCUUCAUCAAUCGAUACACAGCUGACCGUGGGUGCCUGCUGGCAAGGUGGGGAGGUAUAUAGCCCAAGGUUCACGCAGUACUUCCGGGGGAGUCUGUCUGGCCUGACCAUUCGGCCCGGGAAGAUCGAGACACAGAAGGUUAUCUCCUGUCUGCAGGCCUGUAAGGAAGGACUGGACAUCAACUCUCUGGAGAGUCUUGGCAAGGACAUCAAGUUCCACUUCAACCCGGCCCAGUCUGUGUUGGUGAUGGAGGGAGAGGACCUGGAGAGUUUGACCACAGCCAUGACCAAGGUGUCCUACAUCAACUCACGGCAGUUCCCCACGGCAGGCCUCCGACGACUGCACAUCACCACCACUGUACAGUGUUUCGGGGAGGACACGUGUGUCUCCAUCCCGGACAUCAAGGCAGUGGUGAUGGUUCUGCCGCCCAGCGAGCCCCGGAUCACCAUCGCCGGUUCGGACCGGCUCGUCAGGCCGGUGUCCGACCUGCGCAGAGCCACGGGUGUGGCCCCCUUCCGGGAGUUGCGUAUCACCAGCACUGUAACCAAGGGUGACGGCAUGCUGCUCAGUGCAGUCCACAGGCCUGGCGUUCUGGAGGUGAUGCACAAUCUGGAUUACUGUGAUGUCCUUGUGAUCGGAGACGAGCUUGACCCGGAGCAUGAGAGUCUGGAGAUCCCACACAGCUCCCUGAUGGGGAAACACCUGGACGCCACAAACUCCACCUCAGGAAUAUCCAUAUAUGGUGUGGACUCCAUGGUCCACUACGAGGAGGCCCUCAGGCAGGUGCGCUACAGGAACUGGCGCCCGGCAGCCCUGACCAACAGGAAGUUCAGACUCACCUGCUCCGAGCUCAAUGGCCGCUACACCAGCAACGAGUUCAACCUAGAGGUCAGCAUCCUCCACAACUCACCACCAGUGGAGCAUGUCAAUCAUAUGGCUGUCCAGUCCCAGUACAUGCGGCCCGUGCAUCAUCCACUGAUGGUACACACACUGAACUCUCACGUCUCAGGCACUCCCCCAGUGGCCACGGCUGUCAUAGUGAUCUGCAUCGCCGCCCUGGUGGUCAUAGUGGUCCUGGGCAUAUACAGGCUCCACAGCACUCACCAGGACAGCUCCAGGAGUGAGGAGGACGGAGCCAAGGACCCAGAGACGGACUGGGACGACUCUGCCCUCACCAUCACCGUCAACCCCAUGGAGAACAUCGGAGGUCCGCAGGCUGUGGAGGACGAGAUACAAGAGGAAGAGCCAGAGGAAGACGAGGAGGACGACGACGAAGAGGAAGACGAACUGGCAGGCAACAUCACAAGUGCAGAUUCGGACGACAGCGACGAAACAGAGGAGGAAGUGGAGGAAGACGAGGAGGUCCAGAGAGCAGUGAAGAGGAAGAGCAAGUUGGAGCCUCACAGCUCCUCGAUAACAUACUAAUGUCCAACACGUACACGUGCACACUCACACACACCUACACAGAAUGUGCUGAAAGUCAACGUCACAAUCCGCCAUUAAAACGCUGCCCCAUAGAGAUGGUUAGAUGACAUACCUGGGAGAGAACUCAUUCUCGGUCAACUGGUUGGGACCUCCAACUUCACUGGAUGACCCCUCCUGAUCACCUGGUUGGUCAUUGGAUGACCCCUACUGAUCACCUGGUUGGUCAUUGAAUGACAUCCUCCUGAUCACUUGGUUGGUCAUUGGAUGACCCCUCCUGAUCACCUGGUUGGUCAUUGAAUGACAUCCUCCUGAUCACUUGGUUGGUCAUUGGAUGACCCUUCCUGAUCACCUGGUCAGUCAUUGGAUGACCCCUCCGGAUAAACCAAUUGGUCAUGUGAUCACAACUCUUUAGGUAGGAUCAGACAAUGCGUAAUACAAAAACUUCAACAUGGAGAUGGCAUUCAUGGUUACAUAGAAAUUGAGUACUUCGAUAUGGAGAUGACCUUAAGGCGCUACACAGACAACAAUAUGGCACAUACAUCCAUCUCUAUGGGGCUAACCAUCAAGUUCACGUUUUGUCCAAUGUACUAUGAAAUGUCGCACUCUGCUGGUGAAAUAAGGCAUUACACACAGAAUUACACAAAGUUCUCUUAUUUCUGUCUAACCAUGAACAAUUGUCACACUUUUAAUGCCAGUGGAGCAGACUUCUCCCUUUUUAGUGUAACUAAUGUUUUCUAUUUAAGAAUACCAUUGACAACAAAAACAACCAAUAGAAAAUUCCCUAGCACAAGGUUAUUAUCCAAUGAAUUUCAGGACUCCUGACACAUUUUGCCUUGUUAUCAAUCCCUAUUACUGUUGAGUUACUAACACAAAAACGUAUUGUAAUGCAUUCAUAACUUAAUGCAUUAAUACAAAAUGAUUUCUUUGCCAUUUUAAAACAGUACUUCAAAGAUGUUUUUUUGCAUUGGAGUAUGAGAUUAUAUUUUGUUCAUUUAAAAUCUUCGAAAAAUUUUUAUUUUAGAUCUUCUGAAUGACAAUAAACAGUCAUUAAUAGAGGGAUAUAUGAGCUGAUGUAUUUACAAUACUAAUUUUGAACAUUUUGAUAGACUGCUUUUUCUUUCUGACUGAAUGGUCUUGGCCACCGGUUCUUUUUCUUGGAAAUAUGAAAAAAGGAAAGGUUUCUGUAUGUUUUUAUAGGUCCCUUGUGUAUAUAUCACGUAGCACAGCUUGAACCAUCAUGUACCUUGAGCUCCAUUCACUAGGCUAUGUAGCUGAAGGCCUGCCCUACAGUGCGAUAGAAAUGUACAGGCAACGGGAUCGCAUUUCCAGAGACUGUAUUCAUGUUAAACACUGCAUAUGUCUGAUCUGUAGGAAAUUACCUUUAAUUCCUCAGUCACACUAAUAUAUAUAUAUAUAUAUAUAUAUAUAUAAAUAUAUAUAUAAAGUAUCUCACAAGUGAAUACAACCCUCACAUUUUUGUAAAUAUUUCAGUACAUCUUUUCAUGGGACAACACCGAAGAAAUGACACUUUGCUACAAUGUAAAG